ACUAAUUCCAUAUAAGUUUCGUAAACAAAGUGUGUAAAUCUCAAGGCUCGGCCGAUGGCGGACGUCAGCAGCCUGAGCAUGGUGUCCUCGUACAACUCGUUGGCGAUGUACAGACAACAACAGCAGUCUACGAGCCAACAGUCGCUCGCUCAGCAGCAGCCACACCAGCAUCCCCAGGGCCAGCAACACCCUGGACCAACGGCCGACGGGCAGCAGUACUGGUACGGAUACCCUUACCCUCAUCCGCACGCUGCCCACCAUCAACCCUCCGGGCCCCAACAGUACCUCGAGCCGGGCGACGUCCUGGGAUGGCCCCAUCCGCACCCCCAUACCCACCACUAUUCCCAUCACCUCCAGUACCAGCAUCACCAGGCGAGCUACCAGCAACAGCAGCAGCAACAACAGCACCAACAGCAGUCCCAACACCCAGCGAUAUCGGGGUUUGCGGACUGGAGCGGCGACGACACCAAAAACGGUGUUGGUGCCGGUGAACCCAGCCCCCCGAUCACCGUAAGUGGCAGCGAAAUCAGCAGCCCAGGAACACCCUCGACACCGCCUGCCAACAACAACAACAACAUCGCGACGACGCCCGUUCGACCAUCGCAGAUCAGGAGUCCCUUCGAGUGGAUGAAGAAACCCUCGUAUCAGAGCCAGCCCAACCCCGGAAAGACAAGAACCAAGGACAAGUACAGAGUAGUCUACACGGAUCACCAGAGGCUGGAACUCGAGAAGGAGUUCCACUACAGUCGCUACAUCACGAUUAGACGCAAGGCGGAACUUGCCGCGAAUCUCGCACUAUCCGAACGACAGGUAAAAAUCUGGUUUCAAAACCGGCGGGCGAAGGAGCGAAAGCAAACUAAAAAGAGGGAAGAGCUGGACCAAAAGGAGCCGAAAAGUGAGGGGGGUCUGGCGAACGGUGGAAUGACGGGGUUGGCAGCCCUGGGGGGAAUGGGGGGGAUGCUCGGGGGCCUGACGUCCUUGUCUCUGGCGCCCCCGCCGCCGCUUCACCCCCAUCCCCACCCCCACCCCCACGGGCAUCCGCAUCCCCACACGGUGUUGGGUUUGUGACCGGAACUGGGAGAUUCGACGGAAGCGUGGCCGAGCCACGCGCUCACCU